CAAGAAGAAUCUGAUCAGCAGUCUUACGUUCCAGGAUAACUAAGAUUAUUCAUAAAUUAGGUAUCUAAAAGAUGAAUUCUGAGUGAGACUAGCUUCACAGGAGGUGGAAGCUAGAAUACAGAGUAUUGAGAAGUGAGGGCCGAGAGGGUAGACCACUUUUUCAGUAAAUCCCAGGUUUCUUGUUAUUUUUGCCGCUGUUACUAUGACAUCACUGGAGAUCUGGAACUACUCCACCUCCAGACCUCUUUCGAACUCUCGCGAUACUACAGCCCGGUGGAGCGCGAAAUGCGGUGGGAGGGGCUGGAACGAGAUCGACUGACUUCCGGCCAGGCCGUUGUCUGGGUGGCGCGGUCGAGUCAUCGUUGGGCCUCGCCGCUUCCAUCUGCCUUUCCAACCCCCCCCCGCCCCGGCGCGGGGGGUCGACCAGCCAAGUGGGGCGGGAGGCGACUCGGACCUUCCUCUUCAUUUCGUUCUGGCCUGCUGCCCGGCUACCCGCUCUGGGUCCUUGGGGCCCGCGAGGCCCGGUCUGAGGGGCCGGGGCCUACGUGGGCCCGCCGUCGGGCCCCAUGAGGCAUAGCCUGACCAAACUGCUGGCGGCUUCGGGCAGCGACUCCCCAACCCGCAGCGAGAGCCCGGCGCCGGUCGCGACCUGCUCGCUGCCCCCGGACUUGACCCGGGCGGCAGCGGAGGACGAGGGGACGGCGGCGGCCGGGUCUCCCGGCCGCAAAGAGCCGCGCGGCGACGAGGGCGAGUCGGACGCCGGGAGGGGGGGCCGCGGCGUCGCGGCCGCGCGCGCGCCCUCGCCCGAGGAGAUGGAGGAGGAGGCUAUUGCCAGCGUUCCCGGGGAGGAGACGGAGGACAUGGACUUUCUGUCCGGCCUGGAACUGGCGGAUCUGCUGGACCCCCGGCAACCAGACUGGCAUCUGGAGCCCGGGCUCAACUCGCCCGGGCCUCUCUCCUCGUCCGGCGGAGGCUCGGAUAGCGGCGGCCUGUGGAGAGGGGACGACGACGACGAGGCCGCGGCUGCCGAGAUGCAGCGCUUUUCUGACCUGCUGCAGAGGCUGUUAAACGGCAUCGGAGGCUGCAGCAGCGGCAGUGACAGUGGCGGCGGCGAAAAGAGGCGGAGAAAGUCCCCGGGAGGAGGCGGCGGCAGCAGCGGCAGCGACAGCAACCAGGCGGCGACAAAGAGUCCCCGGAAGGCUGCGGCGGCUGCUGCCCGUCUCAAUCGGCUGAAGAAGAAGGAGUACGUGAUGGGGCUGGAGAGUCGAGUACGGGGUCUGGCAGCCGAGAACCAGGAGCUGCGGGCCGAGAAUCGGGAGCUGGGCAAGCGCGUACAAGCACUGCAGGAGGAGAGUCGCUACCUACGGGCCGUCUUAGCCAACGAGACCGGACUGGCUCGCUUGCUGAGCCGGCUGAGCGGCGUGGGACUGCGGCUGACCACCUCGCUCUUCAGAGACUCGCCCGCCGGUGACCAUGACUACGCUCUGCCCGUGGGAAAGCAGCAGCAGGACCUGCUGGAAGAGGACGACUCAGCCGGAGGAGUGUGUCUUCAUGUGGACAAGGAUAAGGUGUCGGUGGAGUUCUGCUCGGCGUGCGCCCGGAAGGCGUCGUCUUCUCUUAAAAUGUAGGGUCAAGUAAUCUGCUCUUUAUCCGCGUUUACCCCUUUCAACUCCCUUACACCAUGUAAAACACCUUAGUGGGACAUCUUCACUGGACACAUUUCAGAGGAGGAAAAAAAAUUUCUUUUUUAGGUGAUUUCCUUCCUGCCAGGCUCCGUUGUAGGGGUUACAGAACAGUCGUUCCCGCCUCACAACCUGUGGAUACAGCUGUUGGGGCAGAAGAGACGGGACCAGCUGCUGGCCACAUUUCCUGCUUUAUUUUAAAAGGUAGUAUAAGAAAUGAGGAAAAAGAGGUAAUAUCAGGGCUUCUGCUUUUAUUUAAAAAUGUUCAUAAUUAAAAGGUAUUUUCCAGCAGUCCAAAGAUGUAAGUUAUCUUACAUAUAAAAUGUUUUAUUUUGUUGUUAUUUGGUUAUGAAAAUGGAAUCUUGUUCUUGAAGAACUGUAAAUGUUUUGUUGCUAGAUAAUACACUUUUGAGACCUAACUUGGUCUCUGGUUUCCAGUGCAUUACAGCAUAUUUUGUAAAAUCAUCUACUGCACUUGAGCAUGAAUGGAUAGUAGCCAAACUCACAACCUGGAGUGAUGAACCUGCUUAUACUAAGUGCAGGAGCAAGCCCCUCACAAUGCAGCUGCAUGGAUUUUUAGUGCCUACUGAAUUAUAUAUAUAAAUAUAUAUAAAAACCAAAAGUAGUUGGAAAAGUUAUUUGAAAUGACUAAUUUGUGCUAUCUUUAUGGAAUAUGUUAAAUGUAGCUUUUUGAAACAGAAGCCUUGAAUUGAAAGUUAAUUAAUACUUGAACAUUUUGUAUAUAUUUCUUUGUAUAUAAUUUUGUGCAGUACCAAUGACAAAAAUAUGGUGUCAUAAUAAAACCAGGUUUGUUGAUCUUUCAGUCAUGGGCUCAAAGAAUUUAUUCAUCUCUAACAUGACAUUAGAAAAUAAUGGAUGAAAAUAGGAAAAAUGAUUGUUGUUUAUGCUGUGGGUCUUAAAAGGUUCUGGAAGCAGUAAGUGCGUUUUUCUAAAAAUUAUACCAUUCCCUCGGAAUAUUUUCUUCCUAACGUCAAUGAUUUUCCUGCAUUAUUUGAAGUUUGGGGCUGGGGAGAAACAGUAGUCAAAGCUUUCUAAAUUGGGAUGCUUUGACAUUCCAAGUAUAGAUUUUUAGAAUGUCAUUUUAUAAAUGGCAGUUUUUGGAAAUACUUGAUUAAGAACUUUUGAAAAUGGAGAUUAGCAUUGACUAUUUUAAAAGCUGCUUUGUUAGGUUGCUUCCGUUUUAACUGUCUUUUCUUAGUUUCCAUUUCAUUCUCUUUCUUUUCUAAUUUUGGUAAAUUAGUGAUUUUGUCAUUUUUUGCAUCAACGUCAUGGUCUUGUUUUUACAUGGUAUUGCAUGUAUUUAGGACCUAUCUAACGGGCUUUAAAGAAAUUUGGUCAUAUUUAUGUGUGAACACAUUUUACUGUAAAUGUUUGGGUUUCUGAAUUUACAACAGAUAUGUUUAUUUCAGUAUGUAGUAAACAAUAUCUUAAAGUGUCCUAUUCACUACUUGUUAAUUAAAAGUUAUGAUUAAUAUGAAACUGUUGUCUUACUAUUUUUAGAAAAUUGUGUUCUGAAUGAUUAGUAGUUGGAUAAAGGAGAUUUCUGGAAUAUAAUAUGGAUUUAGAAAUUUUCAGGUUUGGCUCUAUUUACUGUAAUGGAUGAAAGCAAUUUAGUGUUUGGGGAAUCUUUUCUUUUUAAUUUUUUUUUCCUAACUGUGCCUCUGUGGCAAAAUGAUAACAGCAAGUACUAGAGUAAAGAUGUAGCUUUUAAUGUUUGUCUUCUGAUGGUGACAGGAAUUUAUACAUUAAUUGAACUAACACAUCAUAUUGACUUAAUGUUUCUGCACUUCCUUGACCAAACCUAACUAAAAAGUCCACGUUUGUUAAAAUGUAGUCACACCUCUGAUAUAAUCCGACAAAAAGUGUUCGAAAUAUUUUAAAUAUUUGUGCAUUUGAUAAUCACUAAAUUAAUCUCUCUCUCUUCUCU